AGUCAACUACUCCAGGCUGGACCAAGACACGUAUAUAAUACCAUACAAGAGUACAAUCCCCAUGAAUGCGGUGACCUCUUCGGCCACUUACAACGAUAGAUACACGCCGCCACCGAAGACUAUAAUUCGAAAUACGAAGUCAACAUCGAACCUUCGGUCGAAAACUAAGAGCAAGUCACAAAAGAACCAGGUUAAGAAACAUUCUAAAGUUGGAACCUUUUUACAUAAGUUAACAUCUGGGUGUAGUUUGUUCUUUCUUAGACUUCGAGCACUCUCAGACGAAGUAUUUCUGCACGACGAGGUAUUACGAGAGAUAUUUGUGGACUCUGGAGACGAAGACGAGUUAGACCCAUUAACAUUUAUGGAUCGUCACGCCAAAUCCAACAAAGGUCUUAAUAAGGCAGAGGAGAAAUUUCUUGCGGAUUUUACAAAAGAGAAAAGCCUUGAAAAUAUGUAUAUUAAACAUCAGCUUGCUAUAAAUAAUGUGACUGAGAGAAGAAAGGUUCAAGCACCGGUGCUACCAUCACUUCAAGACGUACUCCGUCAACAAUCACAAAGUGAUAUCACUUCUAGUACUCAGGAUUCGUCUGAGAUCCCCUUUGAUGUUGUUGAUGUGCAUAAAAUGAAGAAAGAAUUUGAUUUAGAGUCAAAUACGUUGGAAAAUUUUGGAGAUGAAAUAACUCUUCCAGCUCCUACAAACAUUGGAGAUGUACUCUGGAGAUAUCGUAGAGAGAAAUGGCUCCAAACAAACUUAAGUCAACAACAGAUUGAGCAACGGGUCAAUGAGCUGGCCAUAGAUUUCAUUCCACGAGAAGCAUAUGCCAAGGUAUAUACCCAUCUCAUCGAUAAGGGAAAGGUGUUGAAAGAUGACCGUAGAUUGAAUCUCAAGGACUUGAUAGAAGUCAUCAAUGCUGGAUGGGUUGCUGAGGAGAAGUGGGAAAGAGCUGCCAAUGGUUUGGCAUAAUUAAUAGCAUAGAAAGGAAUUUAGAUAAGACUUCAGAGAAGC